AUGGUGACUGCAUUGCUUAGCAACAGCGGAGCGCUGUUCGUGUUCCUGCGACUGACGCCCAAACGCUCUGCCUCCUCCAUUCUCAUGACCAACCUCGCCCUAUCAGACGCAUGCUUCUCCCUUACCCUGCCGUUUCGAUUGGCCUACUACUUCAGAGGCGCUCACUGGGACCUCCCUGAUUGGCUGUGCCGACUCUGUGUGUUCUGCUUCUACCUCAACCUCUACACCAGCGUUCUCUUCCUGACUGGACUGAGCGUGCUUCGUUGGCUGGCCGUGAUGAAGCCUCUUCAUCAUCGAGCCUUGGCCACGCCCCACCGAGCCUCAUUGGUCUGCUUGGGCAUCUGGCUGUUUGUGGGUGGAACUUCGGUCCCCUUCCUGUUUUCGGGGACCAGGGUGAGAGCGGGACUAACACGCUGCUUCGAGCCCCAUAACUCUGCCUCUUGGAAGAGGAUCUUCAUUCUCAACUACGUGGGCGUGGCAUUUGGCUUCUUGAUCCCAUUCGUCAUCAUCCUUGGUUGCUACAGCAGCAUCAUCCGCCGACUGACAGCUACAGCCAGAAGCCAAAAGCUACAGACAGGGAGCCUGAAGCAUAACCAGGGGAGACAUCGUCGCCGGCGCCAGUCUCUGCGUCUAGUCGCCAUGGUGAUCUGCACAUUCCUGCUGUGCUUCCUGCCCUAUCACGUGGCUCGCUCACUGCACCUGCACGCAGUGGUGGGCGGGUGGGGCUGCGUCGUUACUGCGACACAGCAGCGGGUGUUGGUGGUGACGCUGUGUCUGGCGGCGACCAACAGUGUGUUGAACCCUCUGUUGUAUUACUGUGCCGGGGAGUCCUUCAGAACGGCCAUACGCAACGCCUUGUCACGACGACGGUCCCUCUCCUCCCCCACUCAGGGCAGCUUGCUGUACUCUCAUAGGAAGAGGAGUAUUCCCACAAUACCUUCAACACCAACAAUGCCAGAAACACCCCUCGCUCUACCCCUAACCCUUCCUGGGUCCAUACCAGAAACACUCAGCCCUGUGAAUGACAGUCCAUAA